ACGUUGGCUACAUGCGCCGGCGCAGACGACAGUGGAGAGAGCGCACAGAGCCAGGGUUUUGUGAACGCGUGGUGGAUGCAAAAGUUAGCCUACAGGCUGAAAAAUCGGAAGGCUUCGCUGAGAGGUCUUGGGGGGGAAGGGAGGAUAGCUUACGCAGAGAGAAGGCCGAGGAGUACGGCGAAAGUAAGGCAGCGCUGCACGGCUUACAUCGCGCAGGGAGACAGUGGCCGGGGUGUUGUGUGGAGCAGGGCCCUGCAGCUCGCUACGCCGUGCCAGCGGCACUUCUCUGCGAACACAAAGAAUGCUGCUGACAUCGCCUGCUACUGCUGCUACAGUAGCCACCGCCGCGUGUGCAGGCUUGUUGGAGAGUGGCGUGGUUGUUACUUGUUUCGUGUUUCGGCUCCGUUCUUCUUUUUGAGUGUACCGUUGCGAGGCAAAACUCCGCUGCAGCAGACGGGACUUUUUACGAGGCACAGAGAGGCGGAAGAGAGAGAAGGAAAGAAGCAACCCGGAAGGCGGGCCCUAAGGGUCAAGAAGACCAGAAAGCGGGAUCAAAGGAGGACAGAGAAAGGUUGCUUUUGCUGAAAACUGACAAACCAAAGCAAGCGUCAGCAAGCUGAUUAAACUUCAGCCAUGGGAAACUUCUGUGCGGGCAAACAAGCCAAGAAAGAAGCCAAACUAGAGGAGAAAGACAAGCCUGGGGAAAAACAGGAGGAAACUGUCCCACUGGUAGAUGCUUCAGUAGGCAUCGAUGGUGUUAAUGUUGAGGUCAAAGAUGCUGGGGCAACAGAUACUGUGGCCAAUGCUGUGGAGGAGGGAAAAGGGAAGGCCCCUGAUGGCAUGCGCAUUGUCAAAGAUCGGGCCAAAGAGAUUGCCAAGGAGGCAGAGGCUAAGGCUCUGGCCAGGAAACAUGCUGCUGAAGAAGCUGCUAGGAAGACAGAGGAGGAAGCCAAGGUAGCUACCAGCUCCACAGCUGUGGCUGCUGCUGACAUAGCAGCCAGUGCACAAGAGGCUGCCGACGAAACCAAAAAUUUGGUGGAAAGUGAGGCUCAGAAGAAGAAGGAUGAAGCAGUGGCAGCUGCAAGCGCUUUGGCAGAAGCAGCCAAAGAAACCGUGCAGUCAGUGGUGCAAGAAGCAGAAAAGGUAAAGCAAGAAGUUGUUGCUGAAGUUGAAGCUGCCAAACAGUCAGCUGAAGAUGCUGUGGAUUCCACUGUCCUUUCUGCAGAGAGCGCAGCCACUGCAGCACAGUCUGCCAUUGCUGAAUCAGUAACAUCAGCAGAGGAAUCGGCUAAGGCUGCUUCUGACACUGUGCAGACACAGAUAACAGAAGCAGUCCAGUCUACUCAGGCUGUUGCAGAGUCUGCAGCCAGUGAAGUGAAAGAGGAGGUCAGCAAGACUGUUGUUGCUGUGCAGGAGCAAGUGGCUUCUGCAGCAGAUGAUGUCCAAGUUCAUGCAUCUGAACAGGUGCAGGCAGCACAGGAUUCAGUCUCAUCAGCUAGGGAGACUGUGGACUCUGCUGCUGGUGAAGCUGCCAGCAAAGUGGAGGAGGCCUCCACAGAAGCUGUUGAUACAGCACAGGGGAUGACAGAGUCUGUCUCGGAUCAAGUCAAGGAAACAGAGCAGGUGGCAUCUCAGCUGGCAUCUGCUGUACAGGAAGCUGCCCAGGCCACGGCUGAUGACGUCAGCAAUGCUGCAGAUGCAGAGGUACGGGAAGUGCAAGAGGUUGCAAGUGCAGUAGAAGCAGCUGCAGCAGAGGAGGCACAGACUGCCCAGACAUUGGUCACAGAUACUGCUGAAGAGGUGAACAGCAAAACUGGAGCUGCAUUACAAGAAACAAUUAACAAAGCAGAAGAGAGCUUGGAUUCAGCCAAUGCUGAGGCAUCUAAAGCUGCACAGCAGGUAUCUGACAUUUCUCAAGCUGCAGAUGAGGUGGCCAGCUCUGCUGAAGCUGUGGCAGCCAGUAUGGAGGCUGACGUAGCUGAACCUUCAUUGGAGACGGAUGCACAAGACGUUGAUAUUGGCCAAGAGGAAGACAGUAAGCCUGCUGUGUCUGAGAGUCUGCUUGAGGCUGGUAGUGCUUUGGUUCAGCAGGCCAUACAGGCAGGCAUGCAGUCAGUAGCUGAAAAAGUUCAGGAAGCUAUUGGCACCAAGGUUGAAGGUGACUCUGUGCCUCAAGGCGAUGAGGCAGCUGCCAGCCAAGAGGACAGUAGUGUGGGACAGUAUGUGGAAGAUGUAGUUGAAAAGAAUAGCAGCGCUGCUUCGGAGGGGUUGCAGUCAGCUCCAGGACUCUUUGUUCCAAGCAGCGAAAACAACAGACUCUCCGCUCAUGUGACGGCUGUGGAACGUGGUGAGGAAACCAUGCUGCCAUUCAUGAGAGAGACAUGCGUGCGCAAGUGCUCUUUACAAGGAGGAGAGGUAACACCUGAUGAGAACAGCUUGCCUCCCUUUUCAGACGAAGGUUUCUUGCCUCCUCCUCCUGAAGACUUCUCAGCCAAUGAAGAAGAAUUUCUUCCAGAUGCCAUACCGCCUCCUGCCACACCAGAUGAAGAGAUGCUGCAACGGGUGGCAGCUGAGGUCACAAACCAAGCUGUGCAGGAAGCCAUACGAUUGGUGACUGAGAACGGCCUGGGCAGUUCUCCUUCAGAUGAUAAUGACAACAGCCAGGUUGACUUGCCUUCCCCUCUGUCAUCUUCAGCUGCCUCUCCAAGCGAUGAAGCGUCUUCCAAUCAAGCUGUAGCAGGCUCAGAAGACAACCUGAUAGAUGUCAUUGAUGAUCUCUCAGCUCUGCCUCCACCCAUCGCCCAGUCUCCUCCAGCCGACAUUGUGCCUUCACCCUUGUCCCCACUUAGUCCCUUAGAACCCCUAUCCGGUGUGGAUCCCAAGUCCACUGCUGACAAAAUAACCAUCCAAGAAGCCCCAGCAGCACCUUUGGUAGCCAACGGAAAUGAAGAAGUUUCAGAAGUAGACUCUCAAAAACAAACAGAAGCAUUGAUAUGAAAGAUGAUGAGCACGACUGACCAGUGAAAGAAAGAGCGCAAGGAUGUGUGACCAUUUUGUACAUAUGUGAAAUUACUCCCCCUCCCUCAUACGCUCACUCUCUCUCCAGUACUGUACUGCACCAUCUUGAUCCCUGUGCUGUCAAAAAUGUUAGUAUUCUGAAAGCAGCAGAUAUGGACCAUUUUGUUGCCAACCAUUCAAAACAAAAAAAAAAUCCAAAUACUUCUAAGAGCAGACUGUGUGGCACUUGAUCAAAGAAGCAGGGACUAAAUAAAGUGUGACAGGUCAUGUGGAUUACCUUCAGAGAUACUGUGAAACAUCUUUGGAUUAUGGAGCUAAAGAAGUGAGGAUCCUAGCUGUCUUCAAAGUAUUAUAGGUCUUGAAAUGUACAUGGUUUUUGCUUGUCUAAAUGACAAGUCAAAAUGUUCCUUUCUUAGGGGAGAGUAUUUGUGUUUUCAUGCACUAAGUGGUUGGUUCUUUGAUACCGGGAAUGUCCAGUAAAGUUAGCCUUUUUACUUAUCACCAUUUGUUUCUCAUUAUCCAAUGCCAGUAGUGGCCAAAGAAUGAGUAAAGUUUUGCAGAACAACAACCCCAGAAACAUCGACACCAUGCAGUGAUGAUUGCAGGUUAAAGACAACAAAACUAAUGAGUUUUGUGGAGACGGUUUUUAUUUUUAUAUGCAGGCUAUAUUGUGCAUAAAGUUGAGGGCAAAGCAAAAUAGUUUGAUCUGACCACCCUGAGUUGGCGCCCUCUGUGUGGUCUGUUAAAAGAAUGUGGGUACUGUAGCUGGUGUAAUUUCUAAAAGAGUGCACAGGUGGUUUGAAAUUGCAGCACCUUAAUGAAUGGCUUUUACUGGUGUCAUUUUCAUUCAGACAUGGAAUGGGAUGUAUUUUACAAUAGCAUUUGCCUAGCUGGAGUAGUAAUGGGGGCUACUAAUAUCAAGCUGUCAGUUCCCAAAUGCUCAAGAAAAAAACUAUUGCUGCCUAGCUUUCUGUCAAGAGCAAGUUAGAAACAAUUUACGCAGUGGGAAGGUUUUAAAAUGCUGAUUAAUCCAACAUCAUUAUUCCAUUGAUGAAGCCAACACAGCAGUCAACCUGUAAAGCUGUAACUUCCUGUAUCUGUCCAUAUUUUUCUAUUAUAGUUUUAAAUGACAAAGAGGAACCUCCAGGCUGCCAAUUUAGUAGGUGCUGUAAAUCAUCAAAGCCAAGUGCAGGCAGGAAUGGAGAUUUGUGGGCUCCAAAAUGCCUAGACAGUUAUUGCUGUUGCCGUUGUGGUUGUUUGAGGAUUUCAUGUUGACAAGUUUCAGGGUUUUUUCUCUCCUUUUUCUUCCAUCACUACAUCAAUGUGUCAACCAAUUAACCUUGUCCUCUGCCCUGUCCAGAAUGUAUGUGGCAGAUGGGAAAUCACACUGUUGCAGUGCUUCUUAGCGUUGUGUUUAUGUAUCAUACCAUUUGAUAAUCUUCUGCCUUGAGUAUUUAACAGUGUAUACUGUAUUUUGUACUGAUGUGCUUGUAGCUUGACUAUAUACCGGUCUGCACUAUAUAGUCUUACACUCUUAAUAUGUUCCACAUGUUGGGAUAAGGGAUAUCCCACUUAUUUUUAACUUUUUUCAACUCUUUAUACAAAAUUCUUGAGAUAUGAGGGGAAGGACAGAAGCAUGUGCAAUGGAGUAAAAGUAUGCUUGAAUGUACUUGUUUGACUGAUGUAUUUGAUGGCAUUUACAGAUGAUCAUCCCUGAAAUUACUCCUAUAGCUUGUAAAUUAUAGCUUAUGUCCUGCCCCCCAAAAAUAAAAGUAGCACCAAAAGCAUUAAGUCUUCAAAGGGCCAGUCACUCAGAAUUGAAGUCUAGCUGGUUGCAGCUAGUGACCAUCCAGCUGGUUUCAAUCACCAGCAUAAAAGUUUGGUUGCCAUAGCAGCCUCAUUUAUGGAUAUUUUGAAGACUGUUGCUGAGAUAAUGCCAGUUGUUGCAUUCAUGUGCACACAUGCUUGCACACAGUCAUUUGCCAAUGAGUUGUCUCAGUCAAUAUUUUUUAAUUACACAAUUUUGAGGGUGGUUAUAUAUGCAUUACUUCUGUAAUUUCACCUUUUAGAAAUUGAUGGUAGGGAUACAGAAUAUUUUCAUUUUUAACACACAUUUAUGUGCUUAUUUGCAAUCUAUCUUCUUAUUGAUCAUGUGGAUAUUUGAGAUUGGAAAAUCUUCUUUAAGAAAAUGCAAGUACAUUUUGGAGUAAGAACUAGCCAGAGAAGCAUAUAGGAUGGUUUUUUUUUUUUUUAAAGGUGAUUGGAAUAUAUCUGAUGCACAUUCUUUUUACCAGAUUCAGCCACCUGAUAGUUUACACCCUUUAAAAGUUUGCAGACUGUACAUCCCUGUGCCCUCCCUUGAUAUUAAUGGCUUUGAAAGGUGUUGGAACACAGGGAGCUCAGGAUGUCACAAAUGUUAGGUGUAACAUAGCAGCAUACAUGUUCUUGGAUGCCCAUGUGAAUUCAGUUUUUUUUUAAGUGGGGUCUGCUGUGGAACACUAAAAAAUCAAACUAGAAAUUAGAGCUUGAUGCUUUAGUUGUUGAUGAAAAGAAAAAAAAGUUUUUUCCAUGCCUCUCUUGUGAAAUUCUAAAGACAAGCCACCCACACAUGACCUUGACUUUUGUACAUGUAUUUUUUUUGGCUGAGCCAUUCCCUUUAUUCUGAACAGUGCAUUCUUGUCUGGAAACGGUACAGUGCAGCACUACUUGAGGAUCAAACCCUAUUUUUCCAGGGCAGAAGGCCACAACCUUUCUAGUAAUAAUCUCUUGACUUAUUUUAUCAACAUCUUGUGGUGUUGCUUCUAGAUUUGUGUUGCAUCAGUUGAUGCUGGUGAUCUCCAGAAAGACAGCUACUUUUAGGAAUUGAUAGUGCAAGAAUAUUUGAACACUAAAAUGUCAUGUGGAUAUGUUAGCAUUUAUUUUUCUGAGAACCACUUCUGAGUGGCUUGUUUUUUGUUUUUUAAAAAAGGAGAAGUACAUUGCUUGGUAAUUACAUUUUAUUGACACAGCAGAGUUCAUUUAGUGUUAAGUGGAAGUGGUGACAUGCUAAAAAAAAAGUUGCAUUCAAAUCCAUCUUUGUGAGCAUCACAGGUGUGCACAGAAGGUUCAAAGAGAAGUCUGUAUCCCAAACAUAAUGCAUUUUACAGUUUUAUAAAAUUAUGGAGGUUCUUUGUUUACCUUGUGAAUUUCAAAUCUCAAGAUAUCUAAUAUUCCGAACCUUGACAAAGGUGAUAGAGGCAGAUAUUUGUAACUGAUCCUGUCCAUCAUAUUUUUUUUCCUUCUCAAUCACAUACUGGCCUUUCAUGUUGUUGCAUGGCAGGUCCAUUGAUUAAUCAUUAGUAAUAUCUUUAUUAGGUGUAGAUAUGUGUAUGUGUGUGCAUGCAUGUUUGUAAUGAAUGUGAAGGAAGAUUGCUGUCCUACAAAUUAUUUGCACCACAAUACACAGUGUUUGAUGUAGAUGGAAAUAACAAUGGUUUUUUGUAACCACACAAAAUUUCUUCCUGGUAAUUGAGAAUUAUUAUUCUGUACACAUGUAAGGAUAUACUGCUCUUAAUAAGGCAUAAUAACUGUGUGCUACUGUUAAGCUUUACUAUUUCUCUUGCUCAGUUCUGUAGCCAAUGAAAUGCUUAUAGCAUUUUGAACAUUUAAUAGAUUUUUGUUAGAGUAAAACUGGUUAACAUUUUAUAACUUCAAUAAACAGUAAUUGUUAAAGCUUGCCAUAACUUUAUCUGCUCCAAAGCCUUGCAUGCCUUCAGUAAUUCCUGCACUUAGAAUCAUUUUCUCAUUAGAGCUCCCUUCAGACAAGGUCAUGUUUAGGUGACCUUAGAUGAAAAUUUUUCCCUGAGAAACUGCAAGCAAACCUUAAGAGUGUGUGUCUAUUCGAAAAAACAGAGGAAGUGUGUCUACCAGUUGUAGUGCAGUAGUUAAAAUAGGGACCUAAAAUGGUGGAUCUUAGAAUAAUUUACAUUUACGUGGUACAAGUGUGUUUUGCAUGCACACAUACAGGAAGUCCUAGGAGAAAGUCACAAGCAACUGCAAUGUCUCCACCUUAGCUAUAGCUACAUUAGACUUGACAUACUAUGCAAAAUUGGUUAAAGCAUUAAGAGAUAACCCAUAUUUUUAUAUAAAAUUUUGAAAUGAUGCUAGGUCUCAGAUUUUGUAAGAAUGUUUUUUUUUCUUAAAAUGUACCUGACCGCAGCAGCAUUAAUCAGAUAUAGGGUGGGUUAAUUUUUAUGAAACCAUAUAAUUUUUUUCUUUGAUGAAAUGUUUCUUUUCAGUAAGUGGAGUAAGGGAAGCAACUGCAUGUGCUUGAGAAAGUUUUUUUUAUAAUUAUUUUUGUGUGGAUUUAUAUACAUUUUUUUUCUUGUUAUUAGUGGGCUAAUUCAUGAGAUGGAAUGUUCUAGUCAACAUGGAAAAAAAAGAAGCACAUUGGAAGCUGCUCUUAAACAUUAUUUAGUACUUGUAGAAAUGCAUAAUUUAGCAUAUGCCUGUAUUACAUGUUUUCAUCAUGCCUGGCGCCACCAUAAACUAUGUAUGCUAUGAUUAAUCAAGUGAUAGGGUAUUUUUUACUAUAACAUAAAAAUGUUGUUUGUUCCCUUUUCACAUUUUUGCGUUCUCUAAAUUAUUUCCUGCAAUCUCAUUAGCUUCAACUCUACAUCUAUAGUCUUUGAAACAUAAUGGAUUAAAAUCAAACAUUUGAAUAAUUUUGUUUAUAAAGGAGGUAUUGCUUGAUAUAGUAUUAAAACAUCUAAUACUUUGGGAAAUAAAGGUAAUGCCAUUUUGCGGCCCAUCUUCACUGUUAUUAAGACUCUUCACCACAUAAUCAUUCUUACCACAGAGUUUCCAUUUGAUUACAGCUGUUUCUACAUCAUGUAAGGGUCACUUUAGGUAUCCUGCCAAAAUACCAUCCGCUUUUCUUUUGUACUUCAUGUUCCUCUGCAUUUUGUAUUGUGUAAUUUUUGUAUAUUCAUUAUUGGCUAUUGUCUUUCUACUCACUGAUAUUGUUGAUACAGAAAUGCUAACUAAUCCUAACCCUGUCCAUGUCACCCAUUGUUAUUAACUUUGCUGUGAAAUAAAAGAAACAAUAAUCCAA